AUGAGGCUACCAAUUGCUACCCUCCUCUUUGCCGCGGCAUUGGCUUCGGCGACUGAGAUCUCCCAAGACAUUCACCAGCGAGACGUCGACUCCCUCCCUGAACUUGCUGAGAAACGAGAUGUUGUUUCCCCCAAUAUCUUGGAGAGAGCCCCUGAGCCAUCCCCCCAGUCCAUCUUCGCCUGGGCACUAAGCCCCCGCAGCCCUGCGGCAGCUAAGAAAGCUGCUGCCCCAGCUAAGAAGGCUGCUGCCCCAGCUAAGAAGGCUGCUGCCCCAGCUAAGAAGGCUGCUGCCCCAGCUAAGAAGGCUGCUGCGCCAGCUAAGAAGGCUGCUGCGCCGGCUAAGAAGGCUGCUGCUCCCGCUAAAAAAGCCGCUGCUCCUGCGAAGAAGGCUGCUGCUCCCAAGAAGGCUGCUGCCCCCAAGAAGGCUGCCGCCACUAAGAAAGCUACCCCUGCUAAGGCUGGUCCUAAGCAGGCAGCUUCAAAGAAGGCCACCCCCAAGAAGGCCGCGGCUGCCAAAAAGACCCCUGCUAAGUCUGCCUCUAAGAAGCCUGCUGCUUCUAAGAAGGCUCCCGCAAAGACUCCUGCAAAGGCUGGUGCUAAGAAGGCUGCCACCAAGGCUGGAGCUAGCAAGAAGACUGUUAGUUCUAAGAAGGCUCCCGCCAAGGCCGGUGCUAAGAAGCCAGCUGCUGGGAAAAAGUCUCCUGCUAAGGCUGGCGCUAAGAAAGUUGCCGGUUCCAAGAAGACUCCCGCAAAGGCUGGUGCCAAGAAGACUGCUGGUUCUAAGAAGGCUCCCGCUAAGGCCGGUGCUAAGAAACCAGCUGCUGGCAAGAAAACCACUGGUGCUAAGAAAUCUCCUGCAAAGACUGGUGCCAAGAAGGCAGCCACCAAGGCCGGUGCCAACAAGAAGGCGUCUGGCUCAAAGAAGACUCCUGCAAAGGCUGGUGUAAAGAAGACCGCCGGCAAGAAGACACCCGCCAAGGCUGGCUCUAAGAAAGCCGCUGCUGGCAAGAAGACGUCUGCCAAGUCUGGUGCUAAGAAGACUGCUGGCAAGAAGACGCCUACUAAGGCUGGAGCCAAGAAGUCUGCUGCUAGUAAGAAGACUACCGGAAAGAAGACUCCCGCUAAGGCUGCUGGUAAGAAGGCCGCUGGAAAGAAGUCUCCCGCGAAGGCUGGUGCUAAGAAGCCUGCCGGCAAGAAAUCUGUUGCCAAAGCUGGUGCCAAGAAGGCCGCAGGCAAAAAGACUCCUGCUAAGUCUGGCGCGAAGAAGACUUCUAGCAAGAAAGCUGCUGCCGGAAAGAAGUCUCCUGCUAAGGCUGGUGCUAAGAAAUCUGCAGCUGGCAAGAAGACGCCUGCUAAGGCCGGUUCGAAGAAGGCUACCGGCAAGAAAUCCGUCGCCAAAUCUGGUGCUAAGAAGACCGCUGGCAAGAAGACUUCCGGCAAGAAGAGCCCUGCUAAGGCUGGUGCCAAGAAGACUCCCGCUAAGUCUGGAGCUAAGAAAUCUGCAGCUGGCAAAAAGACUCCCGCGAAGGCUGGCGCCAAGAAGUCUGCUGCUGGUAAGAAAACUGCCGGAAAGAAGACUCCCGCUAAGGCUGCUUCAAAGAAGGCCGGAGCUAAGAAGACUCCUGCUAAGGCUGGCAACAAGAAGACCGCAGCCAAGUCUGGUAGCAAGAAAACCGCCGCUGGCAAGAAGACUGGUGCCAAGAAGACUCCUGCUAAGGCUGGUACCAAGAAAGCCGCCGCCAAGGCUGGUAAUAAACCCACUGCUGGUAAGAAGGCUGGUGCCAAGAACACCCCUACCAAGUCCGCCAGCAAGAAGACUGCUACUAAGGCUGGCAACACGAAGACCACCGCCAAGUCUGGUGAGAAGAAGACAGCCGCCAAGUCCGGUGGAUCAUGCAGCCUUGGACGUCGAGAUGGGGAUGGAGCAUGCACUCUCCCAGCCCCCGACAAGAAGCCACCACCAACGGAAGAGAAGACCGCCAGCUACGAGAAGCUCGAGAAGGCGGCCGGCAGCAGGACCCUCCAGGAUGGCCAGAGAUACAUGAUGAAGGAGAAGAGCCCCGGUCUCUUGAAGCACCACAAGGUCAUUGAUGGAACCGUCACUCAUACAGAGGACAAGGCCAAGAACACAAUAACAAAGGACUUCGCCAACACCCAGUACCACCAUCUUACAUUCGAUGACUCCACCGGCAAGCAGGUCAGCGAAGUCACUCACGGCGCCUGGGACGCAAACCGCGCGAACCCCAAGAACAGCUAUUCAUUCAAGGGCAAGGUCAAGAAGGCCUACAACUUCCAACAGGCCGGCGAUGCGUUCCUGAAGAACAAGGGCACCGACUACAACUUGUUGGCCAAUAUUCCCUGCACCAGCGGCGAAAACUGUCAGACCUAUGCAAGCCACGCUGUCAAGGACGCCAAGGAGAAGAGGGCCUUGAUCCGGGAAUUGAAGGCUAGAGGUAUGUUGUAA